CAGUCUGCACUAGAAGUACAACAAUACUAUCAUAAUGAAAACACUGGUUCUGUCCUUACUGGCGGCUGUGGUUGUGGCUGAGGGACCAUCCCUUUCCUACCACGCCCCUGCACCCCACACAUUCUCACCUGUACAGCAGAUCCCCAUCAUCCGCGAUGAGCGAGUCCAUCCUGCCGCUGACGGAACUUACAGCUUUGACGUUGAGACUGGGGAUGGCAUCGUCAGGAGCGAGUCUGGCGGUCCAGGUGGCGCUCAACAGGGAACCGUGAGCUUCACCUUCCCAGAUGGCCAAGUCUUCGAUCUCCAAUUCGUCGCUGAUCUUAACGGUUACCAACCUCAGUCGCCCUUCCUGCCCGUCGCCCCUGCAUUCCCCCACCCAAUCCCCGCCCACGCCCUCGAGCAGAUCGAACGAGGUCGACUUGAACUCGAGGCUCGCGCCCGCGAAGAACAACGUCAGUCAUCAAGCCAUGGACAGGCCAACCCUUCUCGCCUCUACGGUCAACCUCAGUAAAGUGAUUUCCCACUGAACUUCAACGCCAAUAUGCUCUUGAUAUUCUUAUCCUACUCCAAUCUAUAUUCUCUAGCGCCACACUUAUGUGAAUUCCGUAAAGCGUUUUACCAUGCAUUGAGUGUUAUACCUGUUUAUAAAUAAAUAAAUGUAAAUCAAAUUUCUGAUUGUAAUUCUGAACAGUUUGGCAUCCUAAUAGACAAACUAUUAAAAAAAAAAAAAAAAAAAAAAAAAAAAAAAAAAAAAACUUUUUAAAAUUGAUUUUGCGUGUUAACGUGCAAAGUAUACUACCAACCGAACCAACCUACCAACCAAGUUCUAUUGUUACUGGGCAUAUGAAUAAUCAGAAUUUACA